AUGUUUAAUGCAAUAGAAAUUCAAUCCAAUAAACAACACGCAAUAUUUUCUCGUAUUCUUAAAAGCUUCAAUACUUAUCAUGAUUUUAUUAAUGAUGAUGGACAUUCGGACACUGAAAAUGAUAACACAGCCAACUCUUACAAUAGUAAAAACGACAUAUACUUGGCUGAUAUCGGCAUAGAACGGAGAUCUGACGACGAUGGAUUUGCAUGGGAAUGCGAAUCCCAAAUAAAUUGGAAAGAUCUUGGCAGUUUACAUUAUCCAAGGUUCGCAAAAGAAGUGAUGUGUGUUGGUAAUUCAUGCAUGCACGGAUACUACAGAUGUGCCGCCCAGAACUAUACCAUCCGUGUGUUAUCAAUGAGGCAUGAUGAUGAAGAUUUGGAAAUGGCAUUACCAGGAAGUCUGAGAGAAAACUGGAAACUAGCUGAUGUUCAGAUUUCG